AUGGUAUCUGCAGCUUGGCUGCCCGUCUUGGGCUCCGUGCUCAACAUCUUUCUGACCGGCGUCUCUGCUGCUGCCUUCUCCCAUCCUCCUCAACUCCCUGCCCAGCCCAGGACGUUUGACCUCUUCGUCACCUGGGGAAAUGUUGCGCCCGAUGGCUUCUCGAGGGAAGCCUUCCUCGUCAACGGCCAGAGUCCUGGCCCCGUUCUCGAGAUCGAUCAGGAUGACAGUGUCCUCGUCCGCGUGCACAAUGAGUCGCCGUACAAUGUCACGACGCACUUUCACGGCAUCGAGAUGUUGGGAACACCCUGGUCCGACGGCGUCCCCGGUGUGACGCAGAGGCCUAUCGAACCCUCCAAGUCGUUCGAGUAUCGGUUCGAAGCGACGCAGUACGGCAGCUACUGGUACCACUCCCACUUCAGGAGCCAGAUCGAGGACGGUCUGUACGGCCCCAUCGUCAUCCACCCGCGAGCCGACGACCCGAAGCCGUUCCGCAAAAUCACCAAGGACAGGAAGACACUCCGGAAGCUCGUGCAGGCCGAGCGUAACGUGUACCCGUUGGCCAUCUCGGACUUUUCGCAUUACAACGAGACGUACAAGGGCGUGGUGACGUCCGCGUCGCGCAUCGAGGUCUCGUGCUACGACUCCGUCGUCUUCAACGGCCACGGCAGCGUCAACUGCCUGGACCCUGAAGAGGUCAAGGCCCACCUGACGCCCGACCAGCAGGCCUUCCUGGCCCUGGUGCCCGGGUCCGAGAUGACGGACAAGUCCUGCCUGCCCAUCGAAGUCAUGGGCGCCAUCGGCGACCUGGGCGGCGGCGAGAAGGCCAAGCCGGCCGAGAUGGCCAGUGAGAUCUUCGCCGGAUGCACGCCCACUGAGGGAUCCGUCGAGACCAUCUACUCCGAGUCGGGCGAGUGGAUCGCCAUCGACGUCAUCGGCUCCGUCAACUUCAUCACCGGUGUCCUCUCCAUCGACGAGCACGACAUUUGGGUGUACGCCAUGGACGGCUCCUACAUCGAGCCCCAGAAAGUCCAGGCCCUCAGCGUCACCAACGGCGACCGCUUCUCCAUCCUCGUCCACACCCCCAGGCCCGGCGACUUCAAGCUGCGCUUCAACGCCAUAACGGCCCCCCAGAUGAUUGUCGGCAACGCUAUCCUGUCCGUUGUCGAGGGCGGUGGCUGGGGUCGAGGUGCAGGUAACAGCAGCAGCAGCGAUAGCGAUGUCACUUCCCAGCCGUACAUUGACAUUGUCGGCGUGGCCCUGUCCGACGACGUCGUCUUCUUCAACCAGACCAUUGCCCGACCCUUCCCGGCCGAGCCCAUCGCCCAGGAGGCCGACCAGACCUUCAUCCUUCACAUGAAGACGGACGGCGCCUCGUACCUGUGGGCAAUGAACAGCACUCGCUUCAUGCCUGACGACAUCGAGGACGCCAACGCCCUGCCCACCCUGUUCAACCCCCAGCCCGGCCUGUCCGACAACGUCACCAUCUCCACCAAGAACGGUACCUGGGUCGACCUCGUCUUCCUCGCAGACUACUCCCCCAUGCCCUCCCACCCCAUUCACAAGCACAGCAACAAGAUGUUCCAGAUAGGCUCUGGAAACGGCGCUUUCAACUGGACCUCGGUCAACGAGGCCGUCAAGGAGAGGCCCGACCUCUUCAACCUCGUCGACCCGCCCCGUAGGGAUACCUUCAUCAGCCCGCCUGCCGUCACCACCCUCGCCUGGACGGCUGUGCGCUACCACGUCGUCAACCCUGGCGCCUUCCUGCUCCAUUGCCACAUCGACAACCACCUCGUCGGCGGUAUGAUGGUUGUCAUCCAAGAUGGUGUUGACGCUUGGCCCGAAAUCCCUAUGGAGUACCAGGCUCUUGUCUAA